AAAACCUUUGUACAUACCACUCAAAAACCCUGAAACGCUUUUGUCGCUAGAGGCGCAUAAUCUGGAGUAUAUUCUCGUAUCCAACCCCAAUGGCGUCUACGGUGGGGAGAACGAUUCAAUGCAGAGCUGCUGUUCUUCACAGCGCUGGAUCGGAGAUUGAGCUGGAGACGAUCAAUGUGGACCCGCCAAAAUCUGGAGAGAUUCGCAUGCAAGUCCUUUACUCGUCGCUGUGUCACACGGACAUCGCCACCGCAGACUGGGGCACGCUCUAUCCGGUGAUCCUUGGACACGAGGGAUCUGGAGUUGUGGAGAGCGUUGGCGAGGGAGUGACGGAGUUUGCUCCCGGUGACCAUGUCAUUUGCGUCUACCAAGGGGAAUGCGGGAAAUGCAAGCUUUGCAAGCUCUCCACCACGAACCACUGCGAGGUCAGCUUCGGGAACUUGCUCACGUCUUUCAUGCCUCUCGAUGGCACGGCACGGUUCUCUUCGCUUGACGGCAGUGCCAUUCACCACUUCAUGAACACGUCCACCUUCACGGAGUUCACGGUGCUGGACAAGACCUCGGUUGUCAAAGUUGAUCCAGUUCCACUGGAGAGCGCUUGUCUUCUGGGCUGUGGAGUUCCCACCGGCUUGGGAUCCGCAUUAAACUUAGCAAACGUCGAAGCCGGCUCCACGGUUGCUGUAAUUGGACUGGGAACCAUCGGGCUAGCAGCUGUCGAGGGCGCCCGAAUCGCCGGUGCAACUCGGAUAAUUGGGAUCGAUAUCUUACCUCGAAAAUUCGAAGCUGCCAGAGCAUUUGGUGCGACCGAGUGUCUAAAUCCACAGGACCACGAAGCGCCGCUUCAUGAGGUGCUUCUCGAGCUCACGAAUGGAGGAGUCGACUACUGCUUUGAAUGCGUCGGCAAGCCUCAUCUGUUGGUACAAGCUUUGCUUAGCACCACAAGCUAUGGAACAACGGUCAUGGUUGGAGCUCCCAGGCCUGAUGAGAUGGUGACAUUCCCACCCGCGAUUCUCCUCUCGGGUCGCCAACUCAAGUCGGGAUACUUUGGUGGAUUCAGGGGCAAAUCCGACAUGCAGAAGCUCGUGGAUAUGUGCUCCACAAAGGAAAUCAAUCUUGACGGAUACAUCACUCACAGGCUACCAUUCUCAGAAGUAAACGAAGGAGUGAAGCUUCUCUCGUCCGGUUCUUGCAUCAAGUGUGUGUUCUCCAUGGACGGUUGAUCUGGUCGCACGUUGCUAGUGGCGCGCCACGUAUUUCCACGUUGGCAGACCGAUAAUUGUAAAACCCUGGGUGCAAUGGCGCUCGCCUGCGAUCGGGUUUCCAUCAAUCCAGCUCGUGCAGAAUCGAUCACAGGAGGUGCCAAACUUUCAGCAUAUGAACCGGCAUUCUGAUGCUCAUGGCGGUUUAUUCUCUGGAUUGCCUUCUAGAUCGUCAUAUCUGGUGUGCCACUUUGUACGCUCUUGUUUCUCUAUCUUUUCUAAAAGGAUAAUCUGGGAGUCCCUCGAUCCAAA